AUGCUCAACUCUGAAGAAGGUUACAAUGACAAAAGCCAGAAGGAAGAUCUGGAGUUACCAUUGUUUGACUUAGCUAUAAUAGCUAAUUCGACAAAUAACUUUUCAAUUGACAACAAGCUUGGAGAGGGUGGAUUUGGACCUGUUUACAAGGGUAUACUAGAAGGAGGACAAGAAAUAGCUGAGAAGCUGCUCUCGAAGAAUUCUAACCAAGGACUUGAUGAGUUUAAGAAUGAAGUCAUCUGUAUUGCUAAACUUCAGCACCGAAAUCUCGUGAAGCUUCUAGGAUGUUGCAUUCAAGGAGAAGAAAAGAUGUUGAUCUAUGAAUACAUGCCCAACAAAAGUCUGGACUUCUUUAUUUUUGCAUUUCUCUAUAGUGGCUACAUAGCUCCAGAGUAUGCAGUAGAUGGGCUAUUUUCAGUAAAAUCUGAUGUAUUCAGCUUUGGUGUUUUGGUGCUAGAGGUUGUGAGUAGGAAGAGAAACAGAGGUUUCUAUCAUCCAGGUCACCGCCCCAACCUCCUUGGGCAUGCAUGGAGACUCUAUAAAGAAGGUAGGUCGUUGGAAUUAAUUGAUGAGGCUUUAUGGGACUCAUGCUACAUAAAUGAAGUGUUGCGCUCAAUCCAUGUGGGUCUUUUAUGUGUGCAACAAUGUCUAGAGGAUAGGCCAAGCAUGUCAUAUGUGGUUCUGAUGUUGGGUAGUGAAGGUGUAUUACCUCAGGUCAAACAGCCUGGCUUCUUUACUGAAAGGAAUAUUCAUGAGGCUGGUUGUUCGUCAAGCAAGGAUGCAACAGUUUCGGCCAUUGAAAUCACCAUUACUCUGUUAGAUGCUCGAUAG